UUUAUUAACGAAUAGCAGAAGAAAAUAUGGAAUUAUUUUAUACGCGUAUACGACCAAAACAAAACAGUAAAAUAUUUUAGUAUUUCUGUGUGUAAAAUAAACAAUAAAAAUAAAUGUGAAACAAUACACACACAGUAUUAUGAUGAGGAGAAAGAUUUACCCGCUGAGCAAUGCAAACAAAACAAUAUGUCGGCGUGUAUAGUAGUAUGAAUGUGCAACAUGUAGUGUAAACCGAAAAACAAGUGUUGUCAAUAGUAUUUGUGUAAUUUUAAAAGCAAUUUAAAAUAAACUCUACAACUGAAUAACACAAUAGCACAAUAACAAUGUACACAGACAACCCAUUUGCUAGCUCACCAGUUUUUUCAUAUUGCUUUUGUUCUAUUUAUCAUUCCACACAUAAACGUUUUAAUAUUUUGCAUAUGUAUGUAUGUGCAUGCGAACUGUUGUGUGUGUGUGUGUGUAAGUAAAUAUAUAGAAGCACUUAUGAAUUCAAUGAAUACUCGCCUCGAAUAGCGUACCGUGGCAAACCCGAAUAGCACAGAAAAAGCAAACGAAUAAUGAUUAGUCUGUGGUGCUUAAUCACAAGUCUAUGUAUAGAGAAGAGAACUCAGUGUUUUGUUGUACGUUGUAAUGUAAACUUGUGUUUGUGCUGGGAAUUCAUUUAUUUUUUUCUUGUCGUUAUUGAAUAUAAAACAAAUAAUUUUAAAUAUGAAAAUCGACAAUAGUAAAUUUUAUACAAAGAUAAAAAAUAAUAAAAGCAUAUGUCUCUAUUGCCAAAAAGUAGUAUUGGGACCAACGACUUCGAAUAUUAGAAAACAUUAUAAAGACGUACAUAACAUAGAAGUACCGAGGAAAAUAAAACAAAAAAGCGUUUACGAAGAAUGUGCAGAGGCUUCUUUCACAGAGCGUGUAAAUCGGGAAGGUGUACGUAUUGAUAUUGAUAUAAGUAAAUUCUUGAGAUGUUGUGUGGGAUUAGUAGCUGUCAAUAACUUACCGCUUGACAUAUAUGAUGAUGAUAAAUUCUUCAAAACGUUAAUAGCUCCAUAUGAAAGAAAAUUCGGUACAAAUUUAAACUCAAGAAAUAUAAUUGCAGUCAUAAAAAAUUCUUGCAUAGAAAUACAACAGAUAAUAAGAGAGCAUAUUAAAAAUAAAAUGAUAUCUUUAGAAUUUGAAAUUGCAACCACAAUGGACAAUAGAUUUCUUGUAAUUAAUAUACACUAUAUCGAAGACUUUAAAAUAUGCAUUAAUACAAUAGGUGUCAUUAUGUUAGAGCUUAAACAACAUCAUCAGGCAAUGUAUCAGAAAGAGGAGAUUAUCAAAUACCUACAGACAUAUCAAAUAGACAUGGAACAGAUUUAUUUCAGCACAUCUAAUAAUAGUGAAAAUAUACCACAAAUAAGUAACAUAAUUUCCAAUGUUAAAGAAGAGCAAAUUUCUGAUGAAUUUAUUGAAGAAAAAUGUGGUAGUGCCGAAAAUAAUGAUGAGAACAUACACUCAAUAUUCUCAAUGGCUUUACAUGUGGGUCAGAGCAUUGCCCAUACAAUCCAAGUGACAGUUUACGAUAUACUUAAAAAUCUAGAAACGCAUCUCAACGAAUGUAGGGACAUUGUUAUACAACUUCAAAAUACUUUCUCGGAAAGUAAUGCCCAAAUACAAAUACCAAAUCUAGAUAAUUCACAACAUUGGUAUUCCACUUAUGAAAUGUUAUACUCCUUGUUACAAAUACGACAACCAAUAGAAACCUGGUAUAUACAAAGAGACAUUAUUAUCAACAUCAAUUGGAAUUUCAUUAGAAACUUUGUAGUUGCCUUUAAUCCGCUGAUAACAUCUACAAAGAAAAUGGAAACAGAACAAUAUAUUAUAGGUGACUUCUACAGAGAUUGGUUAUGCUGUGAAAUAGAGUUAGAAGAUUUAUUCUCAAUUACACCAUAUGCCUCACUGUUACAUGAAUCUAUGCAAAAAAGAAAAAAGGUACUCUUAGAUAAUGGCGCUUUCCUCUCAGCCCUGUAUCUUGAUCCUCGUUUUAAUUUUCAAAACUCAAUUGUGCUAACCGAAGAGCAAAAAUCAAUAGCUGUUGCAAAUCUGCUAAAAACUUUUAAAGUUCUUAAAAAACUGGAAGAUUUAAAACCUGGAGGUUUAAAAUUGAAGGAACCACAAGUAGAAGGCCUUAAGAUGGAAUUAGAUUCUUCAAACACUUCAUCAAAUGUUUCAUUUGAGUUUCCGUCAACUUCUUCUGAAUCCACUUAUUCAAAACUGGAACAACGUAUGAUGAAGUCAAUGAUAUCCGUCAGCAAUCUAAAUGCGCAACUUACUUUUCAGCAAAAGUUAACAUUACUCUCAAAUCAAAAGAAAGUUCCACUUCAAACUGACAUAUUAAGUUUUUGGAAUACACCAGAGCAUGAUCAUGACAUUAAAAAAGUUGCAUCAGUAGCACUGGCAGUACCAGUUACACAGGUGUUCAUGGAGAAAGCUUUCAAUGCAUUAUCUACAAUUAUAACUAAGUUAGAGUCAAAUGUAGAUAAUAACACGUUAAAUUCUUUACUUUUAACUAAGUUAAACUUUGAAGAGCUUAACUCAAAGAAUAUCGAUUUAGAUAUUUCAGAUCAUAAUAUUAGCCGUAAUUUUUUCUUUCCAAAUAACAAAAAAAUAAUCAAAACUUACGAAAGAAAAAAUAUUAAGCAACAACAAUGCUCUGAAAAUGUUCAGAGUUAG